CCCCGGUGACAGUUCAUUAAGAAUGAAGUUAACAUUCAGUUUCCUCUCAGUGUCUGUUGCUUUGACCGGUGCGAUAAGCUUCGUGUUUCUGGUGGUAGCAAUUGGGACAGAUUUCUGGUACAUAAUCGAUGCCUCCAAACUGGAAACAUUGUCCAAUUCUACCCAUCACCUCAGCUCCCAUUCUGGGCUUUGGAGAACUUGCAAAUUUGAAAGUAAAUGCUUUAAUUUAAUGAAUCCAUUCUGGAAAGGAAAUGCAAGCUUGACAGCCUCGCAAAGACGGAUUUUAAACCUGCAUGGAACAUUUCUGAUUCUGCUUCCACUCAGUCUAAUCCUGAUGAUUUUUGGAGGAAUAGCUGGGUUUAUCAGUAUUUUAGCUCGAGCCUAUGCCUUACUGGUGCUGACUGGAAUUCUUUUUCUUUUUGGAGCAUUGGUAACACUCGCUGGAGUCAGUGUGUACAUUGGGUAUUCUGCAGCAGCAUUCAAGGAAGCCGUCUAUCUGUCUGGAAAGAACGUACUUGAAGAUAUUAACAUCAGGUUUGGAUGGUCCUUGGCUCUGGCAUGGAUCUCACUCAUCGCUGAGGUUUUCACAGGUGUUGCAUUCAUUCUGGCUGCAAAAUUGACAGGCGUGAAGGAAAGGCAUGAAGAAUUAUAAAGCUAAUGUGUGCAUGGUUGAAUGGAACUCAAACUGAGGUGGAACAAAGGGAAUCAAGUGAAAUCUCUGAAAAUAAUUUUGAUAUAGAAGCCAUGCAAUGGUUUCAGUAAUCUGGGGAAACUGCCCAAAUACGAUUCUCUCAAAAUCAAUAUCAUUUACAAAUGCUUUACAAUGAAAGUUUGGAAAUAAACAUUAGUAGCUGAAAAUUUUAAAGAGAACAUUCUGUUUUUAAACACUGCUUGGUUGAUGCUGCGUAUCUGUUAAUGAGAUCAAAAUUUAUUUGCUAAUGGAAUUUCUAAUUAAAAAAUUACUGUAGCUGCUUUGUGUGUGACGACUGUGAGGGAAGAGUUCUUAGAAUUACAGGUCAAAUGACAAGGAUUUUCUGUUUUACAGAGAAUUUCUUUUUCUGGUAUUCCAUUUCUAUUAUCAAAGGCUAUGCUAAAUGCAGCUGAUUAUUGUUAAAUAAAAUUGGAUCAAUUCUUAAAGGAUUUCUGAGCUAUACAGUAUAAGCAAUCCUACAUGUCUGUGGCUAGCUGUAUUUACUAAAACAUAAGGCAUAAUUAGACUGAAAUAUUGCAAUCCAAACUUGACUAGGAUUUAACUGUGAGUCAGUUGAUAGCACCCCUGCUUUAGAAUUGGGGAGUUGUGAGAGCUCAAAUCCCAGCUCCAAAGACUUGAGCACAGAAAUCUAUGUUACAACUAUAUGAAGGAGUUUGAUAUGGCUGAUGAGUGUUAAAUGAGGCCCUGCUUGUUUUCUCAGGUAUAGAGCCAAUGGCAUUGCUUUUAUUCCUGGCAUCCUAAACAAUAAUAACCCCAUUAUCAACACAUUAUCCAAUCAUUAUUACUUUGCUGUUUGUGGAGAGUUUGUGCAAAUUUUGUGCACUUACUACAUUAUAAUAUUGACCAAACUUCAAAAGCAUUAGAGAAGUGAAAGUGGGUAUAUAAAUACAAAACUUAUUUUUGAAUGAUCCUUCCUUGGAGAAAAGAUUUUAAACAGCCUGAGGAAAUGGGAAUUAACCUUAAGCAUUUGACUGCGUUAAUGUUAGAAAUAAACACAUAUUUCAUUGAAAAGUUACCAUAUGAACAAUGACCUGAUGAUUAAAGCCAAGUGUUUUCAUUUGUGUGGUUUCAUCAAUAUUUUUCUCUUACCUCCCUGGAUAUUAUUCCAUACACAGCUGUUACCUUCCAAUAUCUUACUCAAGUUUUCACUGUUUAUUUGAGAGCUUUGAGAGAAACAUUGACUGGCUAAUCACACAAUGGAGUCAUAACCUUCAUCCUAUCAGUACAUGCACAACUCUGCCAGAAUUUUAUGAAAAAUUAAGACUGGUGAAACAAACGGGUUCUCCACUCUCUAAUUCAUCCUGAAGUUAGCUUUAAUUCCCAUUGGUUUCCCAUUGUGCUUAUCCAGUUUAACACAUACAGCUGAUCUAAUCCAAGAUCUUUCCGGUGUCUAUGAUUCAGCAGCUCACUGUACAGAGGCUAAGCCAUUGGGUGAACUCAUCUAAUUAAUUUUCUAGUAAUACAGAAAAUAAAAUGAAAAGAGUUUCCCUUUAAAUUAUGAUGGACAAAUUAGGGUUACCAAGAAACAAUAAUAUUUGAUUAUUUGAUUUAUUUUUAUUAUAUGUUAAUUUGACCUUUAAAACAGUGAAGCUACAUGUGUGGUUUGAAUGUCUCUCAAAUAUUGAAGAAACAGUCUUUGGGUUCAUAAUUUAUUGCUAUAGAACAUUGAACAUUACAGCACAGUACAGGCCCUCUGGUCCAUGAUGUUGUGCCAACAUUUUAUCUUGCUCUAAGAUCUAUCUAACCCUUCCCUCCUACAUAGCCCUCCACUUUUCUAUCAUUCAUAUGUCUAUCUAAGAGUCUCUUAUGUCCCUAAUGUAUCUGCCUCCACCACCUCUGCCGGCAGUGCGUUCCACACACUCACCACUUUCUGUGCAAAAAACUUACCUUUGACAUCCCCCUUAUACCUUCCUCCAAUCACCUUAAAAUUAUGCCCCCUCGUGUAGCCAUUUUCACCCUGGGAAAAAGUCUGUGACUGUCCACUUGAUCUAUGCCUCUUAUCAUCUUGUACACCUCUAUCAAGUCACCUCUCAUCCUCCUUCUCUCCAAAGAGAAAAACACUAACUCACUCAACCUAUCCUCAUAAGACAUGCUCUCCAAUCUAGGCAGCAUGCUGGUAAAUCUCCUCUGCAUCCUCUCUAAAGCUUCCACAUCCUUCCUAUAAUGAAGUGACCAGAACUGAACACAAUACUCCAAGUGUGGUCUAACCAGAGUUUCAUAGAGCUACAAAAUUACUUUGCGGCUCUUGAACUCAACACCCCAACUAAUGAAGGCCAACAUACCAUAUGCCUUCUUAACAACCCUAUCAACCUGUGUGGCAACUUUGAGGGAUCUAUGGAUGUUGUCCCCAAGAUCCCUCUGUUCCGCCACAUUGCUAAAAGAGUCCUGCCAUUGACCUUGUGUUCUGCCUUCAAACUUGAUCUUCCAAAGUGUAUCACUUCACACUUUUCUGGGUUGAACUCCAUCUGCCACUUCUCAGCCCAGGUCUGAUUUCUAUCAAUGUCCUACUGUAACUACAGCAACCUUCUACACUAUCCACAACACCACCAAUCUUAGUGUCACCUGCAAACUUACUAACCGGCCCUUCCACAUCCUCAUCCAAGUUAUUUAUAAAAGUCACAAAGAGCAGGGGUCCCAGAACAGAUCCCUGCAGAACACCACUGGUCACCGACUUCCAGGCAGAAUAUGCUCCA